AUGACCGCCAACAACCAUUCUGCCGCUGACGCUGCCGACCAAGUCGACCCAGCCGCCAAAAUCCUCCCGCCCAAAUACCUCGCCCACGUCGUCCUGCGCACGGCCAAUUUCCGGCCCAUGGUGGACUUUUGGGCGACGUUCCUCGGCGGCUCCAUCACGUACGGCAACGACAAGCUCGCGUUCAUUACCUACGACGAGGAGCAUCACAGGGUAGCGAUUCUGAAUUUGCCCGAGUCGGGGCCCAAAGACGCGACGAGUUCGGGGUUAGCUGACAAGGCCGACCCGCCAACAGAACACGUCGCCUUCGGAUUCAGCACGAUUGACGACCUCGCCCUGGCCUACACGCAACGCAAGGCCCGCGGCAUCGUGCCCGGGUGGUGCGUCAACCACGGCCCCACGACGAGCCUGUACUACAAGGACCCGGACGGCAACAAGAUCGAGAUGCAGGUCGACAACUUCGCCACGGUGCAGGAGGCCACGGCCUUCUUCCACACGGACGAGUUCGCAGAGAACCCCAUCGGCGUCGACUUUGACCCGGACGAGUUGGUCAGGCGGCUCCGCGACGGGGAGGACCGGAAGGAGAUCCUGAAGAGGCCCAGGACAGGGCCGCGGUUGAAUUAUAAGCGGUAUUAG